AUGUAUCUUUUCGUGGCGGCAGAUGUGAAAACUGAAAUGGAUCAAAUUUCUCCAUGUUUCUCAAUUCAUAUUUCUACACUAUCGCAUUGGGAAAUACAUCACGUGCAUUUUUGCUGUAAGUACUGGAUCGUACUGGAUGCUCGACUGGAUGGGAGCUUAGAGGCAAAUCACUUACUGUCCAAAUACAGGAGAUGCAGUUGUUUGGGUUCUUAUCACCGGAACAAUCUAAAAGGCAGCGUGAAAUUUGCCAUUGUUUUUUUCCCUAUUGUAUCAAAAUAUACCGUCAUGGCAUCAUCACCACCUCAAGAGCAGGCGCCGCUAAAUAUGCAAAGGCAACCGCUCGAGGCGGGCAUAAACCGACAAGAUUCACAGGUGAAGAGCCAGGUCGAUGAGUUAAGAGAAAAAGUGCAAAAACCGGCUGUGAGCACAGGCCUUAUAGUGUUCUUAAUACUAAACAUCGUCAUGUUUUGUGUCGGUGUGGCCACAACGAAAGACUGUCCAAUAAAGCCGAUUAUUCCCAUAUACUUAGCAGUCGCUGGUGCGCUGGGGAUUGUUACCAAGAUACUUCCCAUCGUCAACAUGAAGUUUUUCAAUAACACCUUAAUAGAACGCGUCGUGUACGCUCUGUUUAUAAUCGAAUUCAUAUGGAUGAUUUUAGGGUCCGUUUGGAUUUAUAGCAUCUAUGAACCUCCCUACAAGCCUAUCACCGAUCAGCCUCACUGCAACAAGACCGCGUACCUUUUGGCAUUUUGGUUGCUGACAUUACAUUACAUAUUUUUGCUGCUAUCCAUUCUCAUUCCCUGCUGUGUUUUUUGUUGUAUAUUUACGUGCGCAAUGGUAUCAACUAAUUGAACUAUUUCCUCUGCAAGCUUAUGAUUGUAUGUUUACGUAUAUUCG